CCCAUUUUUUCCUUAUAGAGUGCUGGGAUGAGGAGGACAACGCAUUGCAGUGUAAGGAGCACUUUGUGGUGGAUCAUGAGCACACAGGUCAGUCAGGGUCCCCUGAAUGCUGUGAGAGUCAUUACCUUGAUGGGACUGAAAAGGAGGCAAAGGAGAAAAAAAGUACCAACAGAAGUGGAAUGUCCGCCGAGAAAGCAGCAAGUGGAAUCCCUGGAGCUCCCUGCAGGCAGGACAAGGGUGGCCCAGCUACUUGCCAGUCAUCCAAAUGUGCUGAAGCCCAGCAAUCCUACGAGGUGUCUUCAGUCUUGGAAUCCAGAAGUAGCCACGAUGCAACUGAGGAGGAGGGAAAAGGGGAAAAGGAGAAAAAAGCCUUACUUGAGAAUCCACACAUCUUACCACCGGUCAGGAAGAAGUCCCGCACCUUCUAUAAUGCAGAGCAGCUAAAAGAGUUGGAGAAGGUGUUCCAAGAAGACCACUACCCCGACACUGAGAAGAGGAUGGAGAUUGCAGCUGCGUUUGGUGUGAUGCCAAAGCGAAUCCUGAUCUGGUUUCAGAAUCGCAGGGCAAAGUGGCGGAAAUCGGAGAAGCUGAAUGCGAAAGGCAACAGAAAACAUCCAACAUCGUCACCUCUGUCAGAUAAUUAUGGGUGGGGGACCUACUCUAUUUUCUCAUCUUUCCACAGCAGGGCACCUCCUCUGCCCGUGCCUCCGUUGCCUGACGUUGCUCGUGACCAAUCUGCCAUACUGGGAGGAAACGCUGCAGCUGGGAACUGCUCCAGCCUGCUCAGAACACAGCUUGCACCACUCUCCUCUGCCUCAGCCUCCUCGGUGGCAGGAACGGUGGCAUCUUGUGAAGAAGUUCAGGCGAAGGUGUCGCUACAGCUUGGCUUCAACUCCAGCAGAGUGGACAGCUUCAACUCCAGCAGAGUGGAGUGCUUCCCGAGCCUCCCUGGCCCUGCUCCCAUCCGCAGGGCCACCAACCUGUCCUUCAACCCCCACAGCCCUGCUGUUUCCAUGGUGCUGGACACUCCCAACAGUGAAUGCUACUUGUCCAGUCAGGAAAAUGGCUCCAGGGAGGCCUUCACUUACAACAUCCAGAAUCAAGGCGAGGGGCCCCCUUUGCUGCCGCUGCCGCCCCUUGGCACCGGAGCACCCCUGAGCCCCCCGCGUAUCAAGCCCGGGACCCGCGCGGAGGCGAGACCGGGCAUGCGCCUAGCGCUGGACGGCACGAGGCGGGAAAGACGGCAGGCUCUGCCGCGCUGCAGCCUCGCCACCCUGCCCCACCACCGGGUGCCCCACGAUCAUGCGGUACGCGAUGGGGGAGAGGCGGCGCCGCAUCCGUCCGCCCCUCCGCUCCCGACCACGAGCGGCGCUCCGCACCGGGCCCGCCCCGGGGGGCGGGCGGCCGGCUAUCGCGAGCCCACCGAGGCGCCGGCGGCGCUGCGGUAUCGCUACGUCUAG